AUGCUACCUCUUUUCGUGAUUAUUAAAAUUAAGAACCGUGUGUAAAAAUGAAGGACUCGUUUGAUAGUGUCCUCGAUUCGUUGAUCGCUGAUUAUGUCGAGGCUCGAUUGUUGACAAGCCGCAGUGUUAUAGAUGGUAUAUUUCCGACAGUGGCGUAAACCACAUUAACUCAUUGUUGUGCAUCCUGGGCACUGUCGGCCUAUAUGUGACACGACUAACAUUUCUUGUAGAGCUACCUUCCUUGCAUCACAAUACGAGAAGGAAAUACAGCAGAGGACGAAAUGUAACUUGAGGCAGAGUAACUAACUGCAUCCUCCCGGACCAUGUACGCUAGAUGAGGAUAAUGCACUGAAAGACAAACAGCAAAAUUAGUCUAGUGAAAGAGAGAUCCAGCAUGGCCGAGGAGGGCAUCACAAUAAAGGGACGGGAUAACACGCUGAUGUUGGGAAACACGAAUGUAUCGGUAGACAACCGCACUGGAGCUAGCGUAAGAGCGGAGCAUCCAACAUCAGCAACACAGCCAAUCUUAGGAAAUUUGAUGCAGCCAUUGCCGAAUAUCUCAGUCGGCGGCGAAGGCACGACUGUAAUGGUGGGCGGCACUAACACACACUAUAGAGUGGGGCCAAACACAGAGAGGAGUUCGCCUGGUAACGUCAGUCAUCAUGAGGUAAAGACACACUCGGCCAUGGAAGACGGCACUCGGACCACGACGACGGAGAACACAGUCGGUCCACAUGCUACAGGAGAAUCACAGGAUUUAGUCAAAGUUAAAGAAGAUCAUACUCAUAAAUUUCAUUUUCGCAAGGAAGAGGAUGGCAAACUCAUUCAGAUUGGACACUGUUGUACGAUUGUAGAUAUCCGUGUUGAUGAUCAAGCUAUGGACAAAAUGGAAAGAGGCGGUGAACUUGCAGGAAGGUGCAGCGACGGGACUAGCAUUACCCUCACCUGGGAGUCUUCCGAAAAGGAGAUAAAGAGAAAUAUACGCAUUAAAGUUUUGGAGGCGUUUGAUAAUAUUUAUGAAUUUUUACUUGCGGGUUUCAAGGAUGACAAUUUUCAUUUCUCACGAAAAAUGGUACAGGACCUCUUUGACGAGUACAGAGUACACAUGAGACGGAUUUUCGCCCGCUGUGUUGUGAUUGAGGUCGCCCAUUCAAGCCGUCAGUCAGUCCAGGACAUGGAGAGCAGACCAGGCCCGCUUAUAAACAUAUUUAAAGACUUUGUGUUCAAUAUCACCGGGCUUAAGGUAGAAGUAGAAGUGUCCUUUGAGAGUGUACAAGUAACCGAACCCAUGCACCGUUCCAGAUAUGCAUCGUCGCUGACAUCAGAAGCAGCAAGCAGACCACAAGCACGGGCCGACGAACUGGAGGACGACGAGCUGUACUGUAGGUCAGAUGCUGAUAAGCACGACAGAUUGAAUUCAAAGGAGCAAGGUCCACUUGCACAAGAAAGCCAGAUCAAGUCAAUUUUAGACAGAGUGAAGAGCAUAAGUAUAGGGUUGCAGGAACUUAAGAAAGAAGAAACUAAUACCCUAGCUGAUUUUGAUGAAGUAGCAGAGGCUGGCACACUAAGUCAAACUCCAGAAGUCAAGGGAAAGCACACGAACGAUGGACCCACUUGGAUGUAUCUGCCUGGCAGCAACGUUCCACCAGGCACCAUGACGGCCACCGCUGCAUUUGCUCAAACCCAUCGUCCAGAAAACGUGUUUCAUCAACCUCAAAGAACAGCGGAAUCCCAAACACCAUCGACAGUAUUCACUGGAGCUCAGCAGCAAGGCCGUAUGGAAGGUACAGGACGUCAUCAAUCUGACGUUCGUCCCAUUGCGACGUCACCAGGCGUCGAUCACACUGACACCGAUCCCACAGGGAGCAAGCCUCCUCCUCAUCCUGCAACCCAUGAAGAAGGAGGUGUCCAACAAUUUGCCACAUCUGCUGGUGGUGCAAAGCCAAAAGUUAAAGGGGCGUCAACAGAUAGACUGAUGGCAAUAGCUAAGUCAGCGAUUGGACGCGACUCUGAAGUAAGCCUAAAGGCAAUAGAGAAGUCGGCACAAUCAGCCCUUGAAGAUGAUAAUUCCCCUCGAGCUCAGUCUCUUGAUACCAUCCUCUGCCUCGACUGCUCCCAGAGUAUGGCUGGAGACGCCUUCCGACAGAUGAAGGACAUCGCCGACACAUUCAUCGAUGGUCUUGAGGAUAUCGCUGAGAAUCAUACUCUGGAGGAGAACGUUGCUGUGGUCAGCGUGUCUGGUCGAGCAAGGGUGGUCCAGCAGCUUACUAACGACUACUCCAAAGUCAGAGAUGCUCUCGAUUCACUAAAACCAGAAGGCAGGUCACCACUAUUUGAAAUGCUGAUCGUCGCUUUGGCAGCUAUCCAGGGGAAAGGUGGUGUGCUUACUGUGACCAAAGUUCACCGACUCCGUCCCAGGAUUAUUGUGAUCACUGAUGGAAAACUGACAGACGAAAGUCAAGAUUUCGGCCCCGACAUCCAGUCAGCAAACGCUAAAGUUCCCAUCAUCAAUCUCAUGAUGGAACUAGGAUCCAAGAAACACAAGACCAAGCCCUCUCCCAUUGUCUGGAUUCCAGUCGGCGACGCUGAUACAGACUUGCUGACGUCUCUUGCCAAACUUGGUAAUGGGCAGGUGGCAGAGGCAGAGGAUAUACCAAAGCUGAUACGUUACUAUCAAAUACAGGACAGUAUAGGCAAGAUCUAUGCGUGUGUCCGCUCCAGUAAGGACGACUUCCCGAACGUCCAGCAGGCGAUAGAGGCUGUAGCUAAUGCUAUCGUGGGCGAAGUCAAUCCGAGCGACAUGGAUGAGAUUGUAGCUGCUGUGAGUGAGAAGCUCAAAAGUAAGAAUGAAGACGCGAAACCUGACGACUUUGACAAUGUGUACGAGAACCCUGACCUAGCACCCCUUGGGAGCAGAGUGAUGAGAGGUAAAGACUGGAAGUGGGAGGAUCAGGACUUGCAGGGCGUGGGCACCAUCAUCAACCACGAUGAGAACGAAAACUGGGUGUGGGUACUCUGGGACAGCGGCGAGAGGAACCGGUACCGCUACAACCUAAAUGGUGUCUUUGAUGUAGCUACAGUUGACGGACGUCAUCGCAUCCCGGAGUCAGAUCAGUUCCUCCAACUUGGGGUCAGAGUAAAACGAGGUCGGGGCUGGCAGUCAUUGAACCAGGACGGGGUAGAUGGUAACACCGGUGUCGUCAUCAGGCGGAGGGGAGACCAGGAAGUGAAGGUGCGGUGGAAUAACGGUAACAUAACAACCCAUAGAUUUGGAAAGGAUGGAGUAUACGAACUGGAAAUAUGCGACCCGCUCCUCAACGCAAAGGAUCCGAAGCCACCACACCUGGGUACAGAGUGGAGGUUCCCACAGACUGGACGACUACAGGACACAGUUCCGGAAAGUCCGCUGGUGGAGGAGGACUCUCGCCCGACCGUGUGGAGGUGGAAAGACGGGCGGCAGUGGCGUCUGUACCAGGACGACCUGCAGGUAAAGAUUCAGCAGGAGUACAACAGAAAGAAGGACGGGACGUGCUUAGUGAAGAAACGGGAUGGAAGCUACCGGCUAUACUUCAAAUCUAUGCAAGAAAAAUCAUUAGAAGGAAACGUACGCCAUGACGUACAAAGACACCCUCUAGUUGACGGGGAACUUGCAAAUCUUAGAGCAGCCGAAUCGCUCCAGCAGUAACACAUCCAUUCCAGACCGACAACCAGGUCUGCCGAAAAACAGUAACUGAAACUGUAGAAACACCGGGGUUUGGUUACUGUUUUUCUACUGUUUUUCUACAGUACUGAGUAGAAAGGUGGUAAACCAUGUACUGAGUGAGAUGGGUAUAACGCUGCAUUAAACAGUAUAUCAGUUAUAUCAGGGCGAGACAGCUUGAUGACAGACGAAAGCCCGAAUCGAUGCAGAUCUUGUACCACAUUGGUGAAACCCACGAGCACGGAAACGUUUCUGACAAACCUAGAAAAAAAAUCAGGUCUACCAAGACUCGAAACCGCGAUCAUAGGUUUCUAGUAUAGCGAAUCGCAGCACCUUAGACGACCGAUCCACCCGUUUACGGGUAAAUUCCUAUGACAUCAGAGGACAGAACUACAGUGAUGAGCAACAACCAACUAUACCAUAACAAAAUUAGAAAAGAAGUCGAUUAGGAUGUAAUGCUGGCUCUACACCCUAAACCCCGCCCCAGUGGUGGGAGAAGUAGAGCAGAGGUUGGCUUUACACCCUAAACCCCGCCCCAGUGGUGGGAGAAGUAGAGCAGAGGUUGGCUUUACACCCUAAACCCCGCCCCAGUGGUGGGAGACGUAGAGCAGAGGUUGGCUCUACAUACUAAACCCCGCCCCAGUGGUGGGAGACGUAGAGCAGAGGUUGGCUUUACACCCUAAACCCCGCCCCAGUGGUGGGAGACGUAGAGCAGAGGUUGGCUCUACAUCCUAAACCCCGCCCCAGUGGUGGGAGACGUAGAGCAGAGGUUGGCUCUACACCCUAAACCCCGCCCCAGUGGUGGGAGACGUAGAGCAGAGGUUGGCUCUACACCCUAAACCCCGCCCCAGUGGUAGGAAACGUAGAGCAGAGGUUGGCUCUACAUCCUAAACCCCGACCCAGUGGUGGGAGACGUAGAGCAGAGGUUGGCUCUACAUCCUAAACCCCGCCCCAGUGGUGGGAGACGUAGAGCAGAGGUUGGCUCUACACCCUAAACCCCGCCCCAGUGGUAGGAAACGUAGAGCAGAGGUUGGCUCUACACCCUAAACCCCGCCCCAGUGGUAGGAGACGUAGAGCAGAGUAUGUCUUCAUGACCAGCAUCCCGUGUUUGUCGCAAGUGUCCACGAUGACAUUGCGAUUGAGUGGUGGCAGUGCAUGAUUGUGUUUUGUUGUACCACAAAGCCGUAUAUUGGUGCUCAUGCUAUCAACCAGUUGUUUGUGGACAUGACGUAUCAGGUGUUAUAUGUUGGAGUAUCACAGUGGUUCUCUCCACUUCCGCACAUAAUUCACCUCAUGUAGCUUGAAGGGGCGGUCGGGUAGCCUAGUGGUUUAAGCGUUCGCUCGUCACCCCGAAAUCCCGAGUUCUAUUUCCGACAUGGGUACAAUGUGUGAAGCCCAUUUCUUGUGUCCCCCGCCGUGAUAUUGCUGUAAUAUUGCUAAAAGCGGCGUAAAACCAUACCCACUCACUCACGCAUGUGGCUUGAUAGAUCCAAUCAAUGUAACAUUGUCUGAUGCGAGUGUUCUUGUAUAUAUUUCAGCAAUGUUUACACGAAUGUUCCGUGCCAAACAGGUUAUAUGUGUUCAAAUGUGUACACUAUGUGUACGUAGGUCAAUUGAUAUGAUGCUUUGUGUUCAUUUUUGCUUAUCAAACGUUUUCCUCUCAUCCUAUCAUAUGAUGUUGAAAUAGUUUCAUUUUGAUAUAUGAAUUCAUGAUACAUUCUGGAGACAGGCCAGAUAGACGGGACAACACUCCUCUCAUGAGACACAAAUGUAUAUUAUGUCCAUCAAAUGACACUGUAGAUGAAUACGAUCACUUGCUUAAUGGUGUGUAUUUCAAUGAAACAAGAAGAGGCUUCCUAUCUUCUUAUAACAUUAAUUGACCAUCAAUUUUCAAAAUGACUCCUUUCUUUCAAUGUAAAAACAUAUUUUAUCUGAGAAAGCUUUCUUUCUUUCGUCACAUUCUUUGUACACAUUAAUAGAACAACUAUUGUAUAUUUGUUUAUAUAUAACAAUACACCUAUGUACACUCUUCGUUUGCUUUGACUAAGCCUUGAGUGAAUAAAGUUAUUUUCUUUU